AUGUCGCGCGCAGAAACAUAUCUGGCCCUAUGUCUUCUCGAUGCUAUCGAGGAUAAGUGCAUCGAUGGGAUGCGCGUGCUGCUUGAAAAACAUAAGGCGAACCCAAAUACCAUUGUGCUUGAGAAGGACGUCGCGCCGAUACAUCUGGUCAUCGGAGCCGACGAAUUGUGCUUUGCCGAAAAGGCGACGGCCUUGAUGCUACAAUAUGGUGGGAAUGCCAAUCUACCAACCUCGGUGCAGCUGGUGACACCGUUACAUGUGGCCGCCAAUCUGGGCCGAACAGGAAUCGUAAAGUUGCUACUGCAAGCCGGUGGAAUUGUGGAACACGUCGACGAUGAUGGAAGGACGCCGAUAGAGCACGCCAUCGAAGAGGGCCAUUUUGAGGUGGUGCAACUGUUGCAGAAUUAUAUUUUUGAACAGAAAAUGGAACAGAAGCGAAAAGGAUUGCAGCAAAAGCAGCAGCAUCUGGAGAAGAACUUAAUGCUGUCGCCCAGUAUGCGCCUAAGAAAAGGGUACGGAGAACGAAUGCCGCCAGGGAAAGCGCUACCGGUGCCCCAGGCACUGGACGAUAGCGCUUAUACACCGAAUAAAGAACACUACAACUUCGAUGUCACCAGUCCUUACUAUGUGAACAUAACGCACCGCCGCAAGAAUCGCUUUAAACCCCUAAAUAAGACUGUUAAUACAACGCUUUUUCCGGAUGAAUCCAUUACCAGUGAGCGCGAAAAUACUCCUCCCGCAGCAAUGGGAUCUUGCGAAGAGAUUGUGACUGCGACCCCACCCGUGACCGAACGCACCAAUCUCUUCGAGUUGACCGAGAGAAACCUACAAAAUUUUACGCGACAGGAAGAACCAGCGAGUGGACGCCGAAUGUCCUUCGUUGCGUGCUGGCGGGAAAAGGUAGCCGAAUUGCGCGAACGUGAUACCAUCAGUCGUAAAUUGGAUGAUAUAGACCGUAUGCUGAACCUUUUCUCUGAUAGCCUUGCGCAGCAUUCAUUCAUGGAUGCGGUAGAGGAAACAUUCAUCACAGCAACAGAACAGAGCAAGCGGGAACAGGUCUUGGAGUCAGAGCAUGAAUCCGUGUUUGAACUAGAAUGUGAACCAAGGCAGGCACCAGAGUUGGAUAAAACCAAAUCCGAAGACGAUCUAAAAGACGAACCUAUCGAUCCACAACCGAAAAAAGAUCACGAAAUCAUCGAAGAGAUACCGGCGACCGAUGAAAGUAUCGGAGAACAUAAUACCAGCAAUUUGGGCACAGUUAUUGUUCAAAUUAGUGAAGAAUACAUUCACACCGAUGACGAAGCUGGAGUAGUUUUUCGGGAGAAAAAAAUGACCACCGUUCCGAUUGCACAGACAGCAUUGGCUGUUCCGAAGGUGCAGAUUCUAUCUGAGGAAGGAGAGAUUGUUUUUACCACCAUAGGCAAGGGCCUUCCGAAUAGAAAUCCUUCACUAAGCAGUCAAUCUACAGCAGUGACGCUACCUCCGCUGGACUACGACACCGAUGCGCUACGAGUGGAACUGACCAACUUUGGCGAACCGCCAGGACCAAUCACGAAGGGCACAAAAAAAUUGUACCUUCGAAAGUUGAUAAAAUUUCGACGCCAUCCCGAACGUUUGGCCGCCAGAAGCGACACCGUAACACCAAACUAUUCCGUCGAGCUGAUGGCGACCGUACGGCGGGAGGACGUGUUUGCGAAAAUCAUCGACGACUACCAGCGGUUGGAGCAGGAAAUGGCGAACGAUUUUCAGUCAGUCAACCCCAAAGUGGCACGCACUCUUCGAGAGGGACACCUGAAGAAAAGCUUCAUCUAUCUACUGAUUGAUCCAUGCAUUAGCGACAACUUGCCCGCCCAACAGCAACACCUGGAGCCGCACGAACUCUGGAAACGGUUCCUGGCGUCGGUGUUCUACGUCGGAAAGGGAAAAAGCAGCCGCCCCUAUUGUCACCUUUACGAUGCUAUGAAACUGUACCAGCAGCGAGAUGAUGCCGUUGUCUGCCCGGUGGCCAGUGACGAAAAGAAUCCUUCCGAUGAACUGGUGGUCGAAGAGGAAGAAAUCAUUUUUCAGUUCGAGGAAGAGAAGGUCACGAACGAUGGACACAUUUCUGCUCGACACCGGAGACAGCAAGGGGCUAGAAUUGUCCGAAAACGACAGCUGGCGCCUGACAGCCGGAAGUUGAAUCGCAUCAUCGACGUUUGGGGCGCCGGAAAGGGUGUCGUUUGUCUGCACGUUUUUCACAACAUUAUGCCGGCAGAAGCGUACACACGGGAGGCGGCCAUCAUCGAUGCGAUCGGGCUUCCAAAUCUUACCAACCUCAAGCGGGGCGACUACUACGGCAAGAGCCUGUCAUGGCCGAUGAAACAACGGAAACACCUCGGCAUGCUGCUGCUCCGGAAAGCGUUGCUCAUCUAUUUGGCCGAAGGUGAAACGCAACUGCUUCCAAGCGAUCUGAUAUGA